CCCUGAUUUCAUUUCCUCUGUUGAAUUUGUUGUGGAUAGUCUGAAAAGUGAUCUGAAGUCUGAAAAGCCAUGAAUUCCAACUUUAGUGCCUUAACUUUUAGUGACUCUGACUAUAGUGUAAGUGCCGGUAAUUUUGUGUCCCCUAGUCUGCAACGCAGUGCACCACUUUCACGGACUUGUACUUUUAACUGUUUCUGCUGUGCAAGAAUUAAUCUUGGACUGUUUUGUGCAUGUAACUCCUCCAAAAUGACUGUUUCCACACAGACAUACAGUUUUGAUUUCCCCAAAGAUCAUCAACAGGACCCUCAAAACAUGUGGAAAAGGGGGACCUUUGAACAUGGCACUGUACAGAAGCUCAUCAACACCACCAUAGAGAAGUACAUGCCCUUUACUGUCAAGAACACCAUGACUAUGGAUACUGCAUUCGAGGAAAUUUUCAUCAGACUUGGGGUCCAGUUUCCAAAUUAUGCUAUUGACAGAAAGAAGCUGCGGAGCCGUAUGCUUAAAAGCAUGGAGUGGCAGCGGUACUACUCCAAAAAGAGGGAGCAGGCCAAAAAGGAGGACAGAUCUGCCCACCAGAUCCUGAGAAAGAAAAGAAAGCACGCAGAUGUCAACAAAGAAAAUGAGCCCCUCCUACCGACAGAGAAUGCUGAUAUGGGUGUAGACAACCCAGCAUUCCAAUCGGACGAUGACAGCGAUUCUGAUGUCCCCCUGGCCAUGCUGCAGCGUGGGAAUGGUUUAAAACUGCUUGUGGUAGCUAUUGACAGCGAGAUGAGAGAGGUGAGUGAUUCCAGUACUCCUGUGGCCUCUGGGCAAAACCUAGAAGGCCGGUCUAGAUUUGCAAAACUUGGUAUGGCUACAAAUGAUGUGUUAAAUAAGGCAUGCAGAGAUAUUCUAGAAUCAGAGAUUCCUGCAUCUGACAUUGAGAACAAGGUGAAUUUAUUAUCAAACAAAGAAAGGAAGAAUAUGAAAUUGUAUACACAUCAAGAAGAUAUUUUGAAAAAAGCCAACAAUUCUGGAUAUGAAGAAUUUGAUAUUUCAUUAACAUACAAGUGCAUUAGAAACAUUUGUUCAACGAUCCCUAUGCCAACAAAAGGAAAAUGGGGAGAUGACAGUAUGCCUGCAGCAGGAAAGGUGACAGUGGGUGACGAUAUCGAGAGAAUUAGAUUAAUUCGAAAUGAAUUGACUGCACAUGUGAGCUCAGCCUCCACACCGCAGAAAGAAUUUGAUGACACUUGGUCGAUGAUGUCGGAUAUCUGUCGAAGACUGGAAACCUUCACUGGAAAGAAGUACUUAGAUGAUCUUAAAUUCCAUUGA